AUGUCCCAAACAACUAUCUUCCCAAUCUCCAUCUUCUCAAAUCAGCCCCCACAAUCUGUCACUGGCGUUGUUAGCCUUGUCGGCCUCCAGCUCGCAGCAGGCGUAUUCGGGCUCGGCUUCACAGCACCAGACUCGAUCCUACGGCCCGCAGGACUCUCCUUAAUCGGCGCCUCCAUUUGGACACUGGGUCAAACAUGCUCGCGGGUGAUUCCGAGCAUAUUGCUAAGCAAUUUGAUCGGUGGAAUCACCGGCGCAUGGCUCACUCAAUUCAUCGUCAGCGGGCUUAUUCUGAGGGAGAAUUUUGACGAUGAUGGGCUAGCCAAAACUAAAACCGAAGCUCAAGGGCCGAAAGAAGCUGCACCAUCCGAGAAAGAAAAGGUGAAGGGGGGGUUUAUGAGGCGAGUAUGGUUCGGUUUAACAACCCUCAGUUCUCAACGUCGCAUCGGAACACCGCAACAAGCAAAAAACAUCCCACCAUUCAAGACUUCUGAUCCCACGUAUACACCUUCCCGUGGCGCCUUUCUCUUGCGCACCCUCAUUAAAGCAGUGAGCUCGUACCUCCUCCUCGACCUCAUGACAUUUCGCGAGUGGGGCGAUCCCUCACAAAACCACUUACUUUUCGCCGCUGAUAAAGUGCCCUUCUUCUCGCGGUUCGGAAGUAUCACAGGUGGAGAGUUAGGCCUAAGAGCUUCGAUUUCUAUCGGGCAUUGGAUAGGCUCUUACCUGUUGUUACAACUAUUCCACUCUACGUUGGCGUUUGGAACGGUGCUGGUGGGGUUCUAUGAACCGAGGGGAUGGCCACCACUGUUUGGGAGUUUCUCAGAUAUUUGGUCAAUACGGCAGUUUUGGGGGUACGAUGAUUUUCGAUUUAUGACUGCCUCUUCCUUCCAUCCCUUUCCUGCCCACUUCUACCCCCAAUAUCGAAUAGCAGACUGA